AUGAGACAAACCCGUCGCGUAAUCGAGGCAACGGAAAAAGAUGAGACCGGAGAGUGGUUGCACUUACGCUUUGUGAGGCGGCGCUCACCCUUUGACGCCGUCCGUGUGUGGGAGCGUGCGGUGGAGACGCGCGUGUGGGUGUGUUUGAGCGGGAAGCGGGAGCUAGGAAGUGCAGGACGAGACGAAUUGGCGCCGGCGAGAUCGGAUCGCGAAUCUUAA